GCUCUAAUAAAAGCGUGGCGAUCGACUAUUCGAGUUCAGUUCGUGGAUUCGUACUUCUGCAAAAUCCAAAGCUCAGAAUUUGUUUUCUAAACUCCACUUCUCACUCACGCAGGAGCUUGGAUUAUUCUAUUACUCCAUUUUACUUCUUAGAUGUACACAUUGAUACGAGCGCAGGAUUUGAAGUUAGCUUGAUUUCAGCUUGGAACUGAAUCCCGUGCGUAACAAGUUUUCUCGGAUUGGAAGAAUCGUGAGUUCUAGGAGGACAAUGAAAAUCCAUAGUAGUCUAUGAAGGCACCCAAGUCAUGGAGGUGGCUGAUGAAGACAUAAAAUUUCUUAUUUGACCCGGUAUAACUGCAGAGAGUGCUUGGAGUGAAGAUGAAACAACUUCCAUUCAUGGGAGUUGUCUGUACAGUGAUGUUGUUUAUUAUAUACAGGACAACAAUUUUUCAGUAUCAACAAGCAGAGAUGGAUCAAAAACUGGAUUCUUUUUAUACAUUGAAGGACUCAGGUGUGGGUACCAUGGAGAAAUUGCCUCGUGGUAUAAUUGAAGCAGGAUCAGACCUGGAGUUAAAGCCUCUAUGGACAAGCAGCAGUGCCAAUUCAAAGGACCGUGCUCAGCGCUCUGCAAAUUUGCUAGCGAUGCCUGUUGGAAUCAAGCAGAAGAAAAAUGUUGAUACUGUUGUGCGAAAGUUUCUUUCAGAAAAUUUCACAAUUGUGUUGUUUCACUAUGAUGGAAACUUGGAUGGAUGGUGGGACCUGCGUUGGAGCAAGCAAGCUACACAUAUAGUUGCUCUCAACCAAACAAAAUGGUGGUUUGCCAAACGCUUUUUACAUCCAGCUAUUGUGUCCAUCUAUGAUUACAUAUUCCUGUGGGAUGAAGAUUUGGGGGUGAAGAAUUUUCACCCUGGAAGGUAUCUGGACAUUGUAAAAUCAGAAGGACUUGAAAUAUCUCAGCCAGCUUUGGACCCAAAUUCUACUGGCAUACAUCAUCGGAUCACUAUAAGAAACCGAAUGAGUACAUUUCAUAGAAGGGUCUAUGACGCCAGAGGUAGUAUUAAGUGCUCAGAUGAUAGUGAUGGGCCUCCAUGCAGUGGCUUUGUAGAAGGCAUGGCUCCUGUGUUUUCGAGAUCAGCAUGGCAUUGUGCCUGGCACUUGAUACAGAAUGAUCUUGUUCAUGGAUGGGGAAUGGACAUUAAACUUGGCUAUUGUGCACAGGGGGAUCGCACGAAAAAGAUAGGAGUUGUUGACAGUGAAUAUGUAGUUCAUCAGAGCAUACAAACAUUGGGUGGUGCAUCUGCUAGAAAGGCUGUGAAUUCUGAAGUGACUACAAAGAAGCAUGGUGUUGAUGUUAGAUUAGAGAUACGGAAGCAAUCUUCGAUGGAGCUUCAAAAAUUCAAGGAACGAUGGGACCGAGCUGUUAGGGAAGACAGAAACUGGGUUGACCCGUUUUCCUCAAUCCAAAGACGCAGAUAUUGGGGCUAUUACAGACGUGCCAAAGUUUAAAUAGCCUAAAAUUGAUAUCUGCAAUUUUAGUAAGUUAGCGGAUCAAACCUAUAAUGUUUACUUUUUGGUUCCUUUUCUUUUAUCCAGUCAAGAUUGGGUCUAUACCUGCAGCUGAUCAUAUGAAAAUGGAAAGAAAUAUUGAUGAAAGUACAGAAGAAGGAAAAAAAAGUGAUUUGCAAUUUAAUUGGUUUUGUAGUUAUGUAGGGAUACCAAGCAAAAUUAGCUGGACUUGUUUUCAUAUGUUAGAAAAUAGGCACACUUCCGAAAGCCAAAAACUUUGGCUAAUCAUCAUUUGAUUGAUUUUAUUUUAUAUUCGAACAACAGUCACGCUACUUUGAUACCACCGAAACCUAAAAGUAGGUGGUUAUAGAUGUCUUAUCUUCUUUUUUUAUUUGUGUUAAUUUUAUCAUUAACCUUUUGAUUGUUGAGACUGC